GGGAGGGGGGAAGGAAAGUGCUGUUCUGUGGAAAGGGGCGGAAGGAGAGGGAGGAAAAAAAGAAAAAGGGAACAGAAACAUGGCCGUCAGCUGUCGGGGCAGCAGUGCAGCACGCAGCUCCUAGGCAACCCGCCGUCCGCACUACCGGCCUCCGGUGAGCAGAGGCUCCGGCGCGAGCUCGCGCUCCCGGCUGUUACCCCUCGUUGCAAGCGGCGCCCCUCGAGACCCAGCCCGGGAGGCGGCGCAGGCGCAGAGCGGGCGGUGGUGGCGGCAGUGGCGGCGGCGGCCGCCAGAGCAAGUCCCCCGCCCUGCCCUGCCGAGGGCGCCCAGGCCCGAAGCCGGCGCUUUCAUGCCCCAGGAAGGGGCUGUGCCCGGGUGGCGCUGAAGGAGGAGCGGGCGGCAGGAUAUAUAGAAGCAGCCAUGAUAGAAGACAAAGGGCCAAGAGUGACUGACUACUUUGUUGUGGCAGGUCUCACUGAUACAUCUACUCUUUUGGAUCAAGAAAUAAAUCGUUUAGAUACUAAAUCUACUGGACCUAAAGCUCCAAUUACAGACAUUGCAGUUAUUAACAAAUCAGCUGGGGAAACAGUACCUGAGGGUUACACCUGUGUUGAAGCCACUCCGUCAGCUCUCCAGGCAAACUUAAACUAUGGAAGUCUGAAAAGCCCAGAACUGUUCCUCUGUUAUAAGAGAGGGAGAGAUAAACCACCCCUUACUGACAUUGGAGUUUUAUAUGAUGGGAAAGAAAGGCUAAUUCCAGGAUGUGAAGUGAUCCAAGCCACACCCUAUGGUCGCUGUGCCAAUGUCAACAAUAGUUCAACUACUUCACAAAGAAUCUUUAUCACUUAUCGAAGGGCUCCUCUAAUUCGACCCCAGAAUUCGUUGGCUGUAACUGAUAUCUGUGUUAUCGUAACCAGUAAGGGAGAAACCCCUCCUCAUACCUUCUGCAAAGUUGACAAAAACUUAAAUUGUGGAAUGUGGGGUUCCAGUGUGUUUCUGUGUUAUAAGAAGUCUGUGCCUGCUUCUAAUGCAAUAGCGUAUAAAGCUGGUUUAAUUUUUAGGUAUCCAGAAGAGGACUAUGAGUCAUUUCCGCUCUCGGAAUCUGUCCCUCUCUUCUGCCUUCCAAUGGGAGCUACAAUUGAAUGUUGGGAUCCCCAAAGCAAAUACCCGCUUCCAGUUUUUUCAACUUUUGUCCUCACAGCCUCUUCUGCUGAAAAGGUAUAUGGAGCUGCCAUCCAGUUUUAUGAACCUUACUCUCGAGAACUUCUAACAGAAAAACAGCUUAUGCAGCUGGGCCUAUUGACACCUGUGGAGAGAAGAAUGGUCUCCAAAUCCAUCAAUUCAAACAAAUGCAUUUGUUUACUCUCACACUGGCCUUUUUUUGAAGCUUUUAGAAAAUUUCUCAUGUUUAUCUACAAACUUUCUGUGUCUGGACCACAUCCUCUUCCCAUUGAAAAGCACAUUUCACAUUUUAUGCAAAACAUCCCUUUUCCUUCACCACAAAGACCAAGAAUCCUGGUACAGCUAUCAGUCCAUGAUGCGUUAAUAUUAUCACAACCAGUUUCUACACCUUUACCACUAAGUGGAGCCAACUUUAGCACCUUGUUAAUGAAUCUGGGUCCUGAGAAUUGUGCAACACUGCUGCUCUUUGUUUUACUUGAGAGCAAGAUUUUGCUGCAUUCUCUUAGGCCAGCUGUGUUGACUGGAGUAGCUGAAGCUGUUGUAGCUAUGAUCUUUCCAUUUCAGUGGCAAUGCCCAUAUAUUCCCCUUUGUCCUCUUUCACUGGCAGCAGUGCUUAGUGCACCUUUACCAUUUAUAGUUGGAGUUGACUCAAGGUAUUUUGAUCUUCAUGACCCACCACAAGAUGUUGUUUGCAUUGACUUGGAUACAAACAUGUUAUAUGUAUCAGAUGAAAAGAAGAACAUGAACUGGAAGCAGCUUCCCAAAAAGCCAUGCAAAAGUCUGAUUAGCACCUUGAAGAAAUUGUAUCCUCAGCUAUCUUCGGGUAAAUUUCACCGAAAAACUCAGGAAGGUUCAGCGAUUGAGAUGACUCCAAUUGAAGCAGAUUUCUCCUGGCAAAAGAAGAUGACACAACUUGAGAUGGAAAUUCAGGAGGCAUUUUUGCGCUUUAUGGCAUCCAUUUUAAAAGGAUACAGAACAUAUCUCAGACCAAUCACAGAGGCUCCUUCAAAUAAAGCCACAGCUGCUGAUUCAUUGUUUGACCGACAGGGAUUUUUAAAAAGUCGAGAUCGUGCCUAUACAAAAUUCUACACCCUUUUAACCAAAACACAGAUUUUUAUUCGUUUCAUUGAAGAAUGUAGUUUUGUAAGUGAUAAAGAUACUGGAUUGGCUUUUUUUGAUGACUGCAUAGAAAAGUUGUUUCCUGAUAAAGGCACAGAGAAAACAGAUAAGGUUGAUUUUGAUUCAGCAGAAGAUACCAAAUUGAUAGAGCUAGAUGAUUCACAGAAAAGUGAGCAUACUGUGUUCAUAAUGCCACCCGAGCCACCGCCUGAUGAUGGAAAGGAUCUGUCACCAAAGUACAGUUACAAAUACUUUCCAAGACUGGACCUUAAGCUUUUUGACAGACCGCAGGAGUUGAAACUUUGUUUUAGUAGACACCCCACUGGGAGUAGCAUUACAAACAGUCCAGCUCUCAUGGCUAAGAGAACUAAACAGGAGAUAAAAACAGCUCAUAAGCUGGCGAAGAGAUGUUAUACAAAUCCACCACAAUGGGCCAAGUGUCUCUUCAGUCACUGUUACAGUUUAUGGUUUAUUUGUCUCCCAGCCUAUGUUAGAGUUUCUCAUCCUAAGGUCAGAGCACUUCAGCAGGCAUAUGAUGUACUUAUUAAGAUGAGGAAAACGGAUGUGGAUCCUCUAGAUGAGGUGUGCUAUCGAGUAGUAAUGCAGCUUUGUGGACUUUGGGGUCAUCCUGUCUUAGCAGUGAGAGUUUUAUUUGAAAUGAAAACUGCUAAAAUAAAGCCAAAUGCUAUUACUUAUGGCUAUUAUAAUAAGGUAGUUUUGGAGAGCCCGUGGCCUAGCAGUACCCGCAGUGGUAUCUUCUUAUGGAUGAAGGUACGGAAUGUGGUACGUGGCUUGGCACAAUUUAGGCAGCCACUUAAAAAUACCGUGCAAAAGUCACAGGUCUCCUCACUAUCAGCUCCUCAAAAUGCCACAGGUGGAAGUGAUGGGGACACGGUGAGCCACGGUAGUGUGGAUAGUUCUAAUGAUGCUAACAGUGGGGAGCACGCAGUCUUCGUCAGAGAUUUAAUCAGGCUUGAUUCCACUGAUAAUCACUCUAGCACAGGUGGUCAGUCUGACCAAGGCUAUGGGUCUAAGGAUGAACUUAUAAAGGAUGAUGCAGAAAUUCAUGUGCCUGAAGAACAACUAUCAGGAGACUUGAUAACUAAAACAAAAGUGCCAACAGAAGAGGUAUGCGAUGUCUCUGCUGUUGUGGCCAAACAUUCACCACCUAGUGCAGAGCCCCAGAGUCCUACUGAACCUCCUGCAUGGGGCGGCAGUAUUGUGAAAGUUCCAUCUGGUAUAUUUGAUGUCAACGGCAGGAAAAGUAGCACUGGUAGUACAUCAAAUGUACUGUUUUCUACUCAAGAUCCAGUUGAAAAUGCAGUCUUUGGCGAAGUUACUAACCUCAAGAAGAAUGGUGAUAGAGGAGAAAAAAGACAAAAGCAUUUUCCGGAGAGAAGCUGUAGUUUUAGUUCUGAAAGUCGAGCAGGAAUGUUGCUUAAGAAGAGCAGUUUGGACUUGAAUUCAAGUGAAGUGGCUAUCAUGAUGGGAGCAGAUGCCAGGAUUCUCACAGCAGCAUUGACGGGUCCUAAGACUUCUCCACUUCAUAUUGCAAGAACCCAUAGCUUUGAGAGUAUUAGCUGUCAUCCAGCUGACACUAGGACUCGUGUGUCUGAAAGCACUUGGGAUUCUGAGCGCAGAUCGUCAUCGGUGUUAGAGAUGCUUGAGGAAAGCCAAGAGUUCAUAGAACCUGUGGGUGAUGAAAAUGUAGCUAAAACUACUGUGACAAAGGAUGCAUGUGACAGCCUACAAAAUGACAGUAAUCAGUCCAGAGACUUGAAAGCAGGAUCCAAAGAUCUAGUAAAUAAGAGAAGUAGUUUAUGUGGUGUUGCUAAAGCUAUUGAGAGGGAAGAUGUUGAAACUGGACUAGAUCCUUUGUCACUUUUAGCCACUGAAUGUAUAGGAGAAAAAACUCCUGAUUCAGAAGAUAAGUUGUUUUCUCCAGUUAUUGCACGUAAUCUGGCUGAUGAAAUUGAAAGCUAUAUGAAUCUAAAGAGUCCCUUGGGUAGCAAGUCUUCUAGUAUGGAAUUACAUGAAGAGGGAAACAGAGAGCCUGGCACUACCAGUGCAUUUAUUCACCCUUUAGAGAGGAGAUCAAGCCUACCUUUAGAUCAUGGUCCAGCAGCACAGGGAAGUCCUGAAAGUGAAAAGAGCUCCCCUGCAGUGUCCAGAUCUAAAACUUUUACUGGGCGUUUCAGGCAACAAACUCCCUCUCGAGGUCAUAAAGAACGUUCAGCUUCUUUAUCAGCACUGGUCCGUUCUUCACCACAUGGCUCAUUGGGUUCUGUGGUAAAUUCUUUGUCAGGGCUAAAGCUGGACAAUAUACUCUCAGGGCCCAAGAUGGAUGUGCUAAAAUCUGGUAUGAAACAAGCAGCUACAGUAGCCAGUAAGAUGUGGGUAGCUGUAUCAUCUGCCUACAGCUAUUCAGAUGACGAGGAGGAAACAAAGAGAGAUUACAGCUUCCCAGCUGGCCUUGAAGACCAUAUUUUAGGAGAGAAUAUAUCACCUAACACGAGUAUCUCAGGGCUGGUCCCUAGUGAACUUACCCAGAGCAACACAAGCCUUGGCAGUAGCAGCAGCAGUGGAGAUGUAGGUAAACUGCAUUACUCACCAGGUGAACUUCCAUUUCCAAGAGGCAUAAAAGGGCAGGACUUUGAAAAGUCAGAUCAUGGUUCUUCUCAAAACACCAGCAUGUCCAGCAUCUAUCAGAAUUGUGCAAUGGAGGUUUUGAUGUCAAGUUGUUCACAGUGCAGAGCUUGUGGAGCUUUAGUUUAUGAUGAAGAAAUUAUGGCUGGAUGGACAGCAGAUGAUUCAAACUUGAAUACAACCUGUCCCUUCUGUAAAAGCAACUUCUUGCCUCUUCUCAACAUAGAAUUUAAAGACUUGAGAGGCUCUGCAAGCUUUUUCCUGAAACCAAGUACCUCUGGUGACAGUUUACAAAGUGGAAGCAUUACACUGGCAAGUGAACCUUUGGAGCACAAACCCAUAUCCAGUUCAGCAGAACCUGACCUGAUCAACUUUAUGGAUUUCCCAAAACAUAACCAGACCAUAACUGAAGAAACAAGCUCUGCAGUUGAAUCAAGUGAUGAAAUAAUGAAAGCCAGUGGAGAUGUCCAAACUAUGAAAAUUUCACCUGUGCCUAAUAGUUUAUCAAAACGAAAUGUAUCUUUGACUAGAAGUCACAGUGUUGGAGGUCCCUUGCAAAAUAUGGACUUUUCCCAGAGACCAUUUCAUGGCAUUUCAACAGUUAGUCUUCCAAACAGUCUGCAGGAAGUUGUGGAUCCUUUAGGAAAAAGACCGAAUCCUCCCCCUGUUUCUGUGCCCUACUUGAGUCCCCUAGUGCUUCGUAAAGAACUUGAAUCUUUGCUAGAAAAUGAAGGCGAUCAGGUGAUUCACACGUCCUCUUUCAUCAAUCAACAUCCAAUCAUUUUCUGGAACCUCGUUUGGUAUUUCAGACGUUUGGACCUUCCUAGUAACUUGCCAGGACUUAUCCUCACAUCUGAACAUUGUAACGGAGGUGUACAGCUUCCCCUGUCAUCUCUGUCCCAGGAUAGCAAACUCGUGUAUAUUCAGCUGUUAUGGGAUAAUAUCAACCUUCAUCAGGAACCAGGAGAACCUCUGUAUGUCUCAUGGAGGAAUUUUAAUUCUGAAAAGAAAUUGUCUCUCCUGUCAGAGGAACAACAAGCAACAAGCGCUUUAGUAGAAACCAUCAGGCAGAGUAUUCAACAUAAUGAUGUUCUUAAACCCAUCAACCUGCUUUCACAACAAAUGAAGGGAGACAUGAAAAGACAAAGGAGUUUAUACAGAGAAAUCCUCUUCUUAUCAUUAGUAUCUCUUGGAAGAGAGAAUAUUGAUAUUGAGGCUUUUGACAAUGAGUAUGGACUUGCAUACAAUAGUUUAUCUUCAGAGAUUCUUGAAAAGUUGCAGAAAAUUGAUGCUCCACCAAGUACCAGUGUGGAGUGGUGCAGGAAGUGUUUUGGAGCACCUCUCAUUUAAAUAAGAUUCACUAGAUUUUGGACACAGAACUGGGGGAAUAGAUUCAAUCUGGAGACAUUCAAGGUUUGUUUCAAAUUACGAAUUGGUGAACACUGAAAUGAAGUUAUUCUUGGGACAAUAGAUAAUGAAAUGUAAUUCAUACUGAAUCAUCUCAGAAGGUAAAAAUGCCACUAAAAUGCCCUAGGGUUUACUGAUGUUGAAGAUUUACAAUUUCUGAACGGUUUUUAUCUGCUGAAAAUUGGUUUUGCAUUUCUCAGUAUUUGUAGCAGUUCGAUAAUGAGAAACCAUAUUCAUUCUUGGCGUUUUGUCUAUAUCUGAAGCUAUUGAGUUUGGGGAAUGGCAAAUUAAUAUAAACUUGCCUAACCCCAAAACAAACGAAAUCUCAAUUACAAGAGCAACUAUUUGUGUAUUGUGUAUAUACGUGUGGCUGUGUAGGUGUGUAUCUACUCAGCCAUAUUAUAUUUAUUAAAAUUCUUAGAUUCCAUGUUGCAAUAGUUUUCUGAAAGGGGUUCUCCAACUAUAAAUGACUACUACUAAAUUCAUUAUGUAGUCAUUAAUCUCAAAAUUAUCUGAAAGUCUGAUAACUGCCUUGUCUUUGACUUUAAAAUUAAUAUAUAUUUUUACCCUUCAUGUUAUGUAUUAGCUCCCUUAAUGGAUUGUAUCUUGAAUAUCCAGUUACUUCCUUUCAUCCUCUUCCCAGUAUCAUGUUAAUUUGCAACAGCUUUAAAAUUGGAAUAAAUGAGCCAGAUAGUUUAAAUGAAAUUAAUCAGCUUCAUAAUUUACGAAAUUAAAAUUCUUGUGUAUGUCUUUGGGCCUGAAAUUGUUCAGGCACAUAAAUUGUUGCUAUUGGUCACUUUUAAAAACCUGUGGGAUAACUUGCACUGCACACAGAAUUUUAUUCUUGUAUAAAAUUUAGAUUUGUACACUUAUUAUUUGUGCAUUUGUAAAUACUGUUUUUUAGGUUGAAUCAAUUAAGUCUUAAAAUGUUAAAGCUUAUUAAACUUGUUGCCAGUAGGUUUAAGAAAAUCAUGACCUCACAUGCCUCACUCUGACAUUUAUCAUGCCUUUUGUUAAAACAUCCCUUAGGGACAGUAAAUUUGCCUUACUUCUCUGCAUGCGUGGUUUGAAAAGCCAAUGAUUGUGUGUGCUCGCUUUUACAGUAAUUAUGCAGAUGACUAAAUCAGUUGGUAAUUAUUUCCAAAUGGUACAGUUAACAGCACACAUCUCCUUUCUACCUGCUAUAAUCUUUUAAAAAUUGUUACUAUACCAGUCUUCCAACAUUUCAGGGUUAAUAAGACCUAUGCAGAAUCCUAGUUUCAAUUUAUUGUGAGAGUGCUAAGUGAAAGAACUUGUCAGAAACUGUGUACAAUUCUCAUUGCCUUAAAAAUGGAUCUUUUGCAGUCUCAGAGAAUAUAUUUUUGCAACUUAAGACUUGGUACUAGUUUUAAUACUUAACACUUAUUGCCCCAACAGAAAUUUGGAAUUACUUUGCAUAUAAAAAAAAUCAAGGUUGAAUAAAAUGAAAACUUCUCAAGUUUGCUGUGCUUGUCUUACAUUUUUAAGGCUCCUGAAGUGUGUACAGUAAUUCAAGCUUUUGUGAUAUUCAGAAUUCCAGUAUCGCCUGUUUUCCCACUUCUCUGUAGUUCUCAAUAACUUGAACUAAAUUACCAAAGCACUUCCCACUAAAACAACCCUGUGAUUUGUAUUAAAAUUGCUUAAAGGCCUUUUCUUGCACCUACCACAGAAAGGGGAGUAAAAAUUUAUAGCAAAAACAGACAAAAAAAACAAAUUUCAAAUCAUUAUCUAUAGAUUUAGAAAUAUCUAGAAUGACUGUAUGAGACUUAAAUCCUGAUUAACUUCUGAAAGCAAUCUUUCAAAUUACUGCAGUUUAGCAUAACCUUACACUGGUUUUAGAUUUGGUAUUAACUGCAUUUCAUAGAUUGAUUAUAGCAACCUGCACAGUUAAUGAGUUAACAGUCAUAACAAGUCUGACAUACCUUUGGGAUAUUCAAUUGUUGCCCUUUUCAUUUUUGGUAUACACUAGUAAUAUAGGGUUCAGUGUCUUUGCAAUGUUGAACUCUUAAAUCUGCCAGAUUUCAUAAGCUAGUAUAGUUAGGCCCACCUUACUAUCUGUCCACUGUAGUGACUGUACUCAAAAUAAGAAAGCAGGGUGGUUCUCAUGUUUUAUGCAUUAGAAUCAACCAGCUACUAGUUAGAAUUCUGGGCUUACACCAGACCUGCCUUUUGGCCUGUUACCCUCUAGGAUUCAACUGUAGUGUGUCAGUCCUUCUGGCACUGGGUAUCUUUUUUUAAAUGCUGUAAGUUCAACUUCUAACUUUGUCAACUGCCAAUUAAGACUUUAAGACUUUUGUAACUUUUUAAUACUACAUUAAGAGAUACGGGUGCUGUUCAGCAGAGAGUAACACAACAUUGUAAAUCAACUGUACACAAAUUUAAAAAAAAAAAAAGCUAUGGGGAUCUCCUCUAUGAAUCUUGCUUCAGGGCUGGCAUUAUUAUUGGCCUAACCUGGGAACUUAUUAAUGACUGUGGGGCCCCAAACUACCGAAUCAUAAUCCACUUUUUAGCCAGAUCCCCAGGUGAUUCUUAUGCACACUUUAACUGAAGCACUUCUUCAGUCUCUACAUGUUACAGCCACUUGAAAAUUUUACUCACCUGUGGUUAAUAUAUACUCUGGCAAAGGAGCCCCUUUUAAAGCCUAAUGUGCCUUCUUUCAAGACCCUUCUAGUCUAUAAUGGUUUGAAUGAAGGUUCUGACUGCAAUUACUAUAGAAACCAGACAUAGUACAUUAGAAAAGUAUACUUUGGGGCAUUCCCUGGCAGUCCAGUGGUUAGGACUCCACUCUCACUGCCAAGGGCCUGGGUUCCAUCCUUGGUCAGGGAACUAAGAUCCCACACCCCACAAGCUGCGUGUUGCAGCCAAAAAAAAAGUAUACUUUCUCUGUGCAUCCUUCACUGAUGCAAGAGUGUUUCUAAAAAGAGGUACAGUCAACUCCUUUGCAGUGUGAAAUAUAAUAAAAACAGGUGGAGUUGAAAAGCUUUGUUAAUGCAUUAAAUUUGCACUGGUUUUAAAAGCUUUGUCAACUGUUUUAAAAUGGUAUCCAUUAAAACUAUGCUUUUAACAAGUUAUCCUUUUUACAUAUGAUAAAUGUCCAUCUUCACAAGGGCACUUUUCAUGUAUCAUGUAUAGAUCUUCAAGAAAAACUGUAUUCCUCAAAAUAAAGUGUAUCAAAGAUUAA